AUGGCAUCAUCGAAUUCGACAGAGCUUCAAAGCACAGUACCAGUUCCUCUGACUGGUCCCGGGAUUCCAGAAUUCAUUGAGCAGUAUUCAGAAGAGGGUCGUGGAAUGAGCUCGACAUCAAAUGCCGCCCUGACUUUUGACACUCCUGGGCCAAUUUCCUCGCUUUUCGCGGUAUUGAUAGCUGACGUAUCAAUCGAAAGUCUCCAGCUUGGGAUCAACGAUGUGGAUGCUCAUGGAAGCGAGCUCAAGUCCUGCUUAGUACCUCUCCCCAUUGAGACUUCUAGCGUAGCAGUGCUCUCGUGGCGAUGGGAUGGGGACCACAAAGGUCGAGGUUCCAGGAACAUUUUGAGAGCUGUUAUAUAUGCAAAGCAGGUUGGAAUUCGGUAUCUCUUCAUCGACGUUGUCUCUAUUGAUCAGUCCUUAGAGGGGGAUGAAUUGAUAAAGCAAGUGAUGCUGUUUUCGACCCUAUACACGACAGUCCCAGUUCUUGUCGCUUACCAGAAAGAAGGAACAAUUUUUUGGGAAACCGUUCGAAGACCCUGGAUACUGAGCGAAAUCUUUCUCAUCAGAUCGAGUCCGUCUAUGGUAACGUUCGUCGACCACUCAACUGACUACAAGGAUGGCUGGCUAGCGCACAUUGACAUCCCUCUUGUUUUCCACACAAGACAUGCUACAGCUUACUUCCAGUUCCUGAUGGAGCUACUUUGUAGACAGUGCGACAUGACAGCAAUUUCAGACUUGAAGUUUCUAAUGCCGGACUAUGCAAAAAUAUUGGCCAUAUCGUUCCAGAAGAUGUCACGAGACGAUUACCUUCUCACAGCAAUAACGCUUCACCAGCUCUUUCAUAAGACGCGUUCCCGUACCGUGUUUCAUAGACGUGAGAGUCGCUUUCCGAGAUUUUUCCAUCAAUAUGAACUGGAUUAUGACAAGGAGACAUUAUUCCAACUUGACGAUACGGAGGGAUACUCACGCCAAAUAAAGCUACCUUUGGUAUUGUCACUUCGUGGACGUAAGGUCAUCCAUGUUCUUGUGACGAACGGCUUCCGUGAUAUGGAUAUUAAUACAGUCGAAGUAUAUGCUCAUCCAGAUGCCGAUCUUGCGAUCCUCGAUGCUCUCGAUAUAGGCGCUGAGGGAAUCGCUGAGUAUCUCGCAAAAGAGGACACAAGGGUUCUCGCGCGGGAAAGGGUAAAUACACGUCACCCUACACCGUCUUCGAAAUUUGUCAUAUUAAGAUCAUCAUCUUGA